CGAGUCUGAUGCAACCCCUCGAGUCAGAAGUUUGCGCCCGGAAGGAAAAAAAGAAGACCCAAGACACAUCACAUCUCGUGUCUCGCCCGCGACAUCGGUGCAGUUUGCUGGUCAAGCAUUUCUAGCAUGCAUUGGCGGCCACUGUCGCACCAUUCACAAGCAUCUGUCGAAGGAUGAAGUCUUGACUCUGGGUCUGCUUCUGCUAAGAUUCUGCCCAAGUCGAGCAAACACUCCGUCGCGAUUCUCCACCGCUGCACUGCAUCGCGACACCGCCUCGAUCGAUCAAUUCGAGUCUUCAACAAGGGACCCCUCUCCUCGCCAGUGUCCCAGAGGCACCCAACCCUUUCUCAUGUACCGCAGCAUGUCCCACGAAUAACACCAUUCGAUUUUUGCAGCAGGAUUGGGUUUUCUUGUCCCCUUGUCUCUCUUCCACCCCAAGACGCAUGGCAGCCUUCACGAAUGAGUUGGCCAAUGUCGACGGCCUCGAGCCGGCAGCGGUCCACAAGCCGACCCCGUCAGCACCGACAUCGUUGCCGGAAGAACUAGUCGCUCCUCCUCGCCAGAGCAUCGAGGCUUUGAAGGACAUCACUUUUGGGUCAAUAGCAGGAAUACUGGGCAAGUUCGUGGAAUACCCGUUUGACACCAUCAAGGUGCGACUGCAGUCGCAGUCCGCCGAGUCUGGAGCCCAACGGUUCCGCGGACCUCUCGAUGCCUUUACGGCGGCGUUUCGAGCCCCCGAAGGCCCCCUGGUCUCUCUGUAUCGUGGAAUCAGCGCGCCGUUACUUGGGGCGGCGAUUGAGACGUCUUCGUUGUUCUUCAGCUAUCGGAUCGCCCAGGACAUCAUCGUGGCCAACAGCCCGUCUCUGCGCGCCCUCCGAGAGGAACGGAACAAUGGCGGCCGAGUCGAGCUGCCAUUUCCUUAUCUCGUCGGUUGUGGUGCUGCUUCUGGUGCAUUCACGUCCCUCCUGCUCACUCCGAUCGAGUUGAUCAAGUGCAAGAUGCAAGUCCCCACCUCAGCGUCCAGCCUGGGCUCGCACACGAGUGCUCGCCCUCCUGGGCCAUUGGCCUUGAUCAGGACAGUAUUUCGCACCCAGGGCAUCCUCGGGUUUUGGCAUGGCCAGUUGGGCACCCUCAUUCGGGAAACAGGGGGCUCCGCGGCCUGGUUUGGCUCGUAUGAGGGGGUCAAGACGCUUUUUGUCAAGUACGACCCAUCUGUGUCGCAGGUCACGGACGUCAAGGUUUGGCAGCAGAUGUGCGCCGGCGCCGCUGCCGGCAUGUCCUACAACUUUGUCUUCUACCCGGCCGACACGGUCAAGUCUCGUAUGCAAACGAGCGCCGCCGACAUUGCCGCGGUCAAGAAAAUGACUUUUGCGUCCACCGCUCAGGACCUGUGGCGUGAGCAGGGCCUCAAAGGCUUCUAUCGGGGCUGCGGCAUCACUGUUUUCCGAAGUGCCCCGAGCUCCGCCAUCAUCUUUGUCAUUUAUGAAACGUUGAGGAAAUACUUUGGUUAGCAGAACAACGCCUCAGCAGUAUCAGUUGACACAUCGCCGUCGUACAUGGGCUUGUGGGGAAAGCGGCCAACGGGCACUGGCAACUGAAUUCGUGGAACGAGGCUAAGACAGCACUUGUCGCGCCAAAGUCUCUAUCGAAGCGAACAGCAUACCGGGUCCUUGGAUGGGGAGCAAUAUUUCCCUUCCGAGAAUGAGGCAAAGCCGCGCCAAGGUCACCGCGAGAGACUCUCUUUUGCUUGUUUAUGAUGUGACCCGAAGCAACAAACAGGGCGUCCAGCUUACUCUAUCGGGCUGGUUUCCUGGCACACACAGCUCUUACGAACAUUUUGCUUUCAGCAUGAAUUAAAUCAACACCAGUAGUGGGUCAAGAAUAUAUACGGCAGAAAAGGGGGAGUCGCGCAAAAGCGUCUCGCAAACAUUCGUACAGCAUUGGUCCGAUACACUACGUGGAAGAAACUCAGAGGGCAAGAGGCGUCGGCGUCGGCGUUUGGUUCUACAUUUUGAGAUGCAUGGUCCGACAGAGGGCCGUGUUGAUGACAAUGCCACAAAAUCACUGAGGCAGACACAGACACACUGCAAAGAGCCAUCAAUAUUGGCCUUUAGAUACAUACGCAGUUGCUAGAUCUCUUUACCAGCGUCAGGAUAGAGUGCGGCCCGGGGAUAUUGAGCCUGUUACAGUCAGUGGCUCAGGCUGACUCUGCACAUUUUGACAUUUUGUCCUUUUGUAACUCGACACGGGAAAUGGAUGAUGGGGAUUUUGUUCGUACCAACGUACACAGCAGACAGGCGGACGGAUGGACAGGAUAGAUGGACACCUAAGAUAGAUAGAUAGAGACGAAUUGACAUGUCGUGAUAUGAUGA